AUGAACAAACUCAUUUUCAUCAACUUCGUCAUCGUCUGCUCAUCAGCCGUUGCACAAAAUGGAAUGUUUAAAGGCUUCGUAGAUGAUACAAUUUAUGGCGCAAUUCAUGUCGUUCUUAAGAAUCAAUAUCCUCAUGAGCCAGAAAAGACAGACUGCAUGAUUGCAGACUUCAGACAAAAUAAGGUAGCCGACAAAUUUUACACGCCAGACUUACUUGUUGAUCAGGAUAAAUUAGCAAAGAAAAUCCAGCCAUUCAUUGAUGAAUCAAAUUAUAAUUGUACAUUUCAAUUCUUUCAAUCACCAUUAGACAUUCUUGCUGGAUAUUCUAGUCUGUUUACAUUGCUUAUUAGCUCUAUUAAUUAUUUAUACUUAAAUAUUUACACUUGCGUGAAUUUUAUGGAUCCACUUCGAAAUAUAAUCAUUGAUUUACACGACUUGAUACUUCAACACCUCAAUACUAAUGAAAUACUCGAGCAUUCGACUGUGUCAAGAUAUUGGUAUGAGAAAAUUGGAAAUUCGAGACAAUGUAUGAAGAAGAUACGGCUUGCGCUUAAAUUUUGGAGAAGUACAGCAAAAGAGCAACAAAUUGAAGAGAAAUUAAAGAUAUUAAAGAACAUUAGCCGAAGAUAUCAAAAUAUAUCCAUCGACUGUAGAUUUGAUAAAAGAGUUUCUACUGAGUUUUGGAACUUACUGUCUAUAUUAGCUGAUCAUAUUGUUCUGUUGAAGAUCAAAAGCAUAAAUGUCACAAUAGACGGUAGUAAUUCAUUAUUUAAAUUAAGGAAGCUUGAAGAACUGAAAAUUGUUUAUGUGCCUGUAAAUGUAAGAAAUGUCCUACUUAUUGCCUGUAAUCCAGUAAAGCUUAAAUUAAAGCUAGUCUCGCCACUAAAUUGGAACAAAACCAAUAAAACAGAUACUGAAUCUCUAGCAUGUAUAAGACAUUUCAUGACAACGAAUGAGAGAUUAAAGGAUGUAGAAAUCUAUGGAGCUGUUCAGUACCGAUUCUUCUUCGAUGAAGAUUUCUCAAAAUUAAUCAAGUUCCGCCUUAACUCUUUAAAAAUUAAAAAUGACUUGAGAUUAUCGCUGAUACCUGAAGAAUGUGAAAGAAAUUUAAUAGACUUCCUAGCAACACAGCAAGAAUCACUCGAAAAGAUCUUUAUAGACGUUUGUAGACCAGCUGUAAUCAGACAAGUCUUUAAUAAUAUGAAAAAUCUCACAUUAAUUCACAUAGAAACUGUGGUAAUGACUGACUUUAAAGUUCGAGAUUUGAAUUUAAAGCUUAAUGAGAAUGUGGUCGAUUUGCGGAUUCCAUACAUAACGAACAAUCAAGAUAUCAAGGAAAUACUACAAUAUACACCGAACUUGACGUCUCUGUUCGUUGCACAUUUAAGUAUUGAGACGAUGGAGUUUGUGGCUUGGAAUAUGAAGAAAUUAACAAUCUUAAAAUAUAGAUACGAUGAAAUCGAUUGUGAAACACUUUAUGAGAGACUAAAAGCCGCAAAUGUAGAUGUUAAUCAAAAUAUAGAAAUGGUUGUUGACUACGAAUACACAUAA